ACAUUUGCGGUGCUGCCAUUCCUCCUCCAUGUCUAUUUAAAGCUGAGUCAUGACAGCUCUCAGGCUUAUCUCUGUCAGCAGAAAUGGAUGUAAAGGUUAGGCGAUAUCAGAAAACACAUGUAUAACAUACACGCACGGUAUACAAAAUACAAACGACUCGAAAAGUAAAUAAUGACUGUCGCGUUCGUCGCAUAACAAGAUCAUAAAUUUUUGGAAUCCUGCAAAUCAAAUUAUUUGACGUUAUGUGGAACGAAGAUCUGAAUACUAUUAUUCUGCCUACAUUGUCUGCUAUGAUUUUCUUUUUAUUCACGAUAAAUUUCUUCCGAUACCUCAUGGGUAGUCCUCAUAUCCAGAUUAGAGAUGUCACAAAAGAACAUAACUGGAAGUCAAUUAGCGGAACAACCAAGGCGUAUUACUGUAGUAUUUGUGAAGCUUUAUUAUUGCACCUUGAUGCCCUUUUCUGUGAUUCUUGUGGCGUGUGCGCGGAUCGAGGCUGUAUAAAGCUUGCUGAUAAACAGCUAAAAUGCAAGGCUGUAACUCUCAAUACCGAUCAAUUGAUGAAGCAUCAUUGGAUUAAAGGUAACUUACCACUUGUUGCUACGUGCUACAUUUGUGAAGAAGAGUGCGACGUAGAGCCGGGUCUCACAGAUUGGUGGUGUUGCUGGUGUCAGAGAUGUGUUCAUAAAACAUGUAAAUCUUCUCUCUCUGAAAUAUGUGAUUUCGGAAAAUUCAAAUUAAUGAUCAUUCCACCAGGAAGCUUAGAAAUAAUAAAUCGACGUAGUACGAUGAGACGUAGAAUACAUCUUCGUUCUAUUGUACCACCAAACUGGCCUAAUUGGAAUCCGAUCAUUGUUGUGGGAAAUAGAAAAUCGGGAAACAAUGAUGGAGGUCAAAUUUUGUCUCUGUUCAGAAGAUUGUUAAAUCCUGCGCAAAUCGUAGAUUUAGCAGAACGUGAUCCAGUCGCUGCCCUCGAGUGGUGCCGUUUGCUAGGGAAAACCCCGUCAACUAUACUUGUAGCUGGUGGCGAUGGAACCGUGGCUUGGUUAUUAAACACCAUCAACAAACUUAAGUUGGAGCCUGUUCCAUCUGUAGCAAUAAUUCCUUUGGGGACAGGCAACGAUUUAUCCAGGGUAUUAGGAUGGGGUAAGCAACACGAUUCGCCUUUGGAUCCCAUGGAACUGUUACGGAAGAUUCAAGCAGCGGAGAAAGUAAAGCUUGACAGGUGGUCUAUAACGGUAAAACCAUACGGCGGACUAGGAUUUAGAGGAUCGCAUCGUUCCUUAUUUAUGUACAAUUAUAUAAGCGUAGGCGUGGAUGCACAGGUGACUUUGGAUUUUCAUCGCACAAGAGAGAGUCGAUUUUAUCUGUUCAGUCAUAGAAUAUUUAACAAGCUGCUGUACCUGUGCUUUGGCACGCAACAAGUCGUGGAAAGGGAGUGCAAAGAUCUCGAUAAAAAUUUAGAAGUUUAUUUAGACGACAAGAAGAUAGAACUGCCUUCUGUUGAGAGCGUAGUGAUACUUAACAUUCCAUCUUGGGCUGCUGGUGUCGAUCUAUGGAAAAUGGGAAUGGAAGAUGAUGACAGUUCAGAAAUGCAAAGUAUUAACGAUGGCAAAUUGGAAGUAGUAGCACUUUAUUCUUCAUUCCACAUGGCUCAGCUUCAAGUGGGUCUCUCCAAACCGCACAGGAUUGGCCAAGCCAAUACUGUAAAGAUAAAAUUAUCGCAGUCAUGCGCUAUGCAAGUCGAUGGUGAGCCCUGGUAUCAACAUCCAUGCGAAUUCAACAUAACAUACUGCAAUCAGGUUUCUAUGUUAAUGAGUAGCGACUUCUAAAUGUUAUAUAUACCGCGUGACCUUAUAGGCAUUUGCACAAAUGCAUUUAUUUACACGUUAAUAUGCAAGAGAGUAUACCAGCUAAUAUUUGCCAAGUCUGUUAACAACUUUAGGUCCUUGAUAACGGUAAUUAAAAUAUUGGAGUGUUUAAGAAAGAGAAAUGAUAAACUCUAGUCAAUGUUCCACGCAAGAAAAUGUUACAUCUUUUAUGAAUUAUUGCUGUUUCGUAAUUUUAUUGAUGCCGUAUUUAUAAUGAAAAUGUACAAACAAAAAUAAUACAUUAAUAAAGAUAUUUUAAUGUUUACGAAAAUCUUUGACUUUUAUAAUCAUGCGCAAUACACUAAUAACUAAUUUCGGAUAAUUUAUUAUUCAUUUGUUGCCAAACUUCAACCAAAAUUAUAAUUUGUAAUUACAUUAUUUUCACAUAAUAGAAAAGACUAAUGUAAACGGAAGAUUCCAGCAAUUCCUUUUUGAUGAUAAAAGGGGACAGAAAAUUCAUUUUAUUAAAUUAUGACAGAACGCCAAAUGUAUUUUUUAUUGAUCUUGACGGCCUUUUGGAUUUUGCACGAGAUGGCUAGAACGAUGAAGGAUGUUGAUUAAGAUCUAUUAAAAAUUAGAAAAAUUAAUUAUGGUAAAAACAUCAUGUUUAAUUGCAUAAAAUAUUAUGCAUUAAAACUUUACAUCCGAAAAGAGACAGAUCAUUCGUGAGUACAUAUUAAAAUCACGAAAAAUAAUUUACUAAAGAACACUUAUUAUACACACACAUCUAUAAUUUGUGGAAAUAAUACGGAAUAAUAUAGAACUGUAUAUGUACAAUAAAUUACAAACUACUAUGUUAA